AUGACACAGCUGCUCCUGCUCAUUGUGGCUCUCCUGGUCCUGGGUCAUGUGCCGCCAGGGAGAAGUGAAUUUAAACGGUGCUGGAAGGGACAAGGGGCCUGCCGGCCUUACUGCACGAGGCAAGAAACCUACAUGCACCUGUGCCCAGAUGCCUCUCUGUGCUGCCUCGCCUAUGGCCUCAAGCCUCCGGUGGCCCGCAAGCCUGAGAAUGUGUAGCUGGUU